CUACAAAGAUUCAGCAAAGGCAGGCAAUGAACACUGCCCAGUCGCUGGGGCAGUGGAUGCCUUCCAAAUCAACUGAACAGGAUUUUGGAAGUGGUGAUCAAAAUAGAACACAGUUUUAUAAGACUCAGUUAAAAUUCAAUAAAGAUGUAGUAAAUGCUAUAUCCAACUUGGCUGUGAAAUUCACGAACCCUCGCCCCAUUGUAAUUGAGAAGCUCCAGCAACCUUGUCAGCAGCAGGUACAGGAUGAUGUCCAAAGUGUGCGGAGUUCGAUGCAAUUUUCUGCUGUAUCUGAAGACAGAUUAAAUGUGGCCAUCCAACUGGCAAAGAGAGAUCUGAGAAAAAAGCAUCGAGAAGAACAAGUGAAAGAUUAUUUGUAUAAACAUGGAAAAGAUGAGCUGCAGUCUUCAUUACGUCCUAAUCAUGAGAAAGGGAAAUCUGCUGACAAUACUUCACGAAUGAAGAAUAAAGUCGAAAAUGGAAAUAUUACAAAACCAAGGCACCAGAGAAACCAGGCUACAAAAGAGGAAUUUACAAGAUCUGGUGCCAGGGUGUAUAUUUGCACCUUGAACCAAAACCAAGAUAGAGCUGCACUCUCCGAUUCACCACCUACACAUGACCAAGGCCCACGGCUGAAUCAGCAUAACCUGGGCAGUAGAAGUGCAGAAGAGAUUCAUAGACUGAGAAUGGAGCUCAGCAAGUACUUUCAGAAGAUUGAAGACCUUACCAAAAGAGAAAAAUCAGUGGAUGUCCUGGAUCCUGAUGAAGAGCGCAGAAUACAAAUAAAAAGGCAGGAACAAGCCACUCGUGCAGCAAGGAUGCUGUAUGUUCUGCAGCAGCAAGUAAACGAAAUACAGGAAGCAAUUGACAAUCAAGGACCACAUAAGGUGAAACACACCAAAAAAUCUCGAGCUAUGUCUCAGUUAGCAGCUGCACACAGAGGUGCUGUCCGUGCCUUACAAAUGUUUGUUGCUCAGCUUUCUGGGCAAUCAGAACUGCAGAUUCCUACCUACUACAAGGAGCUAGGGCAUGUGAUUCGACAACUUUCUCUUUGUUCUGCCAGACUGGAAAACGAUAUUGAAUCUUCCAUACCAGAAGCAGUUACAAAUAUCCUGCAUCAAGUUGAGGGUUUUGAUUCACUGCUUGGGAAACAUCAUGCUCAAACAAAAUCAAAUCAAGUGCCACAGAAUGCCCAAAGUGUUUCUGCGCCAAAGAGAAAAAGAUGCUCAGAUAGGCACAGAAGCCACUCUGCUGAAAGAGAGCGAACUUCACCAAUCACAAAGGAUAAUGUUUUAAGUGCACCUAAAGGAUUGCCUCCACUUAAGAUUGAUGAAAAUUGGCAUGUUCCUGAAUCUUCCAGACCACAGCAAGAAGAUGACCCUCCAACUCCUGAUAGGAAUGCUGCAUUGAAGGCUGGAUUAGAAGCUUUACAGCGCAUGGGAACCUUGCAUAAAUCUGUUGCAGAGAAGACAGGAACUAAGAAAGGAGUGCUGCUCCCAUAUCAUAAACAGAAGAAAAUGCUUGCAAUGCGUGCCUGCUUUCAGAAAGCUACAGUGUCUUCAGAACUAAAGAAGAAUCAAGGACCACUUAAAGACAGCAAGCAUCCUUCGAUUCCACGAUGUCCCAACCCUAUUCCAAUGUCAUCUAAACGAAUUCCACUGAAGAAACAGAAAACGAGAGUGGGAGGCUGGAUAUCAACCCCUGCAGACAGGAAUCAAUCUAGUUUGCUUAAGGAAAUGGAGGAAGAAAGGCAAAAAGCUGCGGGGACUGAAGCAAUCAGACUGGCAUGGCUUGAUUCCGAAGCUGCCCGUAGGAUGAGGGAACUGAAUGAACUCUCCCAACAAGAAACGGACAGAAUGAAGAAAAUCAGAUCUGAACUUGCAGCCCCUGAUAAAUGGAUUGAAAAAGCAGAGGAGGAAAUUCGUGAGAAGCUUCAGCCCUUGCUGGACAAAGCACAGGUCAUCAGUGACUCUUGGGAGAAGAAAGCUCGGCGUAAAGAGUCUUCACUACAACACCAACUGUCAUCAAAAGUUGCUGAUAGGGCUGCAGCCAGUGCAGACUUUCUCAGUGAAAAGAUAUUAGAUGAGCUGCUGGAGGACACAGCACAAGAAUUGCUGAGUAUGGAGUUAAACGCAAAAGUUCAUUCCGAAGCUUUGAUGAUGCAAGAUGGCCCUACGCUAGAGAACCUGCUACAAAGGAUGGAAGAGAUGGAAAGAUACCAAGAGUCAGUUCGUAGAAGAAUGUGUCAAAUUGAAUAUGCCGAUCCUGCUUUCUGGGCAGAGGAAGAAAAGCAAGAAAGAGAGUUUGUCCAGAUUGACACACAACCACAUACUCCACAGCCAAUUAGGAUAAGCAGAGCGUUCAAGCAAGGUGAACCCAUGUUGGAUGCAGUAAUUCCAAGGUCUUUAGAAGCAGAAACGCUUGAUGACUUAGAAUGCAGUGGAAGGCCUGAACCUGCUUCAUUGUUGGAACCUUUGGUGCAGAAACCGUCCAAAGAGAAAGGAAGUGGUAUUGUUCUUAGCAUUCCACAAAAAAUGGUUCAGAAUAUCCAUAACUACUGUGAAAGAUUCAAUCUGUAUCUAAAAAUGAUUUCGCAUGAAGCUGUGGGAAAUUUUAACCCAUGGUUAAUUGCUAAAAGCUUGGCUGAAGAGUUAAUGGAAGAAGGUGUAAGUGAUGUUGCUGCUGAAUUCCAGGAUGCGUGUGAGGAAUAUGCUGAAGCCUUGUUCACAGCUGAAUUUAUGCAGCCUGUGGAGCAGGAAAGCAAAACUAAGCAAUCCCUGGUAUCCCUACAGGAGGGAUGUACUCUGUAAAUACUUGAAAGAAACCGUAAGCUCUUACCUGAAAAUGUUUAUAAUAUGUGCAUAACACAUGGUAUGUGCAUCACAGAUUUGAUUGUUGAUCCGAUUGACAAUGAUAUUUUUAAUGUACAACAUUUUAAAAGUUUUAUCAAGACCUUGCCAUAAAUUUAAAUGAUUAAAAGCUGGUGUAUUAAUUUCAUUUCUUAUGUUUAAGGUUACAAAGUAGAUUUUCAAUGUAAUGUAGAACUUGACUUCCUUGAUUUUUACAAGUUGCUGGCUGGUCAAUUGUAUAUUUAAACUGGUACAGCUGAUUUUCUAGGAUUGUUUAGAAACUAUUUUUACUCAGAUGCUUUGACUGUUAAAGACGUGUUACCUUUACUUUCGAGCAAUGCCCUGACUUGAAAACAAUUCAUAUGCAAAGCACAAGAAACACAUACCGUCCCACAUUUGAAAUUUAAAUUGUUUUCACCCUUAUAGAGAUUAAUGUUCUAAAAGCAAGGUGUAAAACUAAACACUUUCUUUGGGAAUUACUGAAUUACGUUGUAUGUGACUAUGUAGUAUCUUGUUAGUAGCAUAUUAAUAUUCACAUGACAGAAAUAUUUCUAUCUUACCAAGAUUUUAGAAUUCCUUUUCCUUUUCUUUGUAUAUCUGGACAUAUUUCUAAUAGUUCCCUGCUGGAAUUGUUGAUCAUAAUGGCUUUCCAUCAGAACUGUUGAAAUUUUAUCCCUAAGGCUUUGUGGACAAAUAGGUCUGGCUGCACUAUAGAAAACAAUUACUUCACUUAUUUCCUUGUUAAGUGGGUAUCAGUUUUUGGAAUUAAGAAGUGACAACAUACUAUAAUGAAUAGAUUAUAGUAAGAUGAGGUCAAAUUUACUGAAGUGUCAUAUUUAUCCGAGUAAUUGUACAGCAUCAGCAUAGAAACAGGCCCUGUGCGCACUGUGUCUGUACUAACCUAUCUAUACUUAUGUGUGCAUUAUUUCCAAAUCCAUCUAUGCCUUGUUCAUCCAAGUACCUGUCUAGAUCCUUCAAUGUUAUCACUGUUUCUGCCUCCACCAUCUCCUUUUUCAGUUUGUUUCAGGUGCCAGCUACUUAUUGGAAACAGUUACCCCCUAGUGCCCCAUUAAACUUCUGCUCUCUGUCUCACCUUAAACCUAUGCCUCAUUUUAGUCAACUUUACCAUGGGAACAGACACUGGCUAUCUAUCCUGUCUAACCCGUCAUCAUUUUGUAUACAGUACUUCUAUCAUGUCACCUCUCAGGCUCCUUUGCUCCAGAGAAAACAGGACCAGCCACUCUAAUCUUUCCUUAUAAUUCAAGACCUCUAAUCCAGACAACAUCCUUGUGAUUUUUUUCUGUGUUCUGUUUAGUUUAUCACAUCUUUCCUAUUGUAUGGCAACUGGAACCCCACAGAGUUUUGUAAAGCUGUAAUAUGAUCUCCCAACUCCUGUGCUUGAUGCUAUGACCAAUGAAGACAAGCAUACCGUACGCUUUAUUCACCACCCUAUCUGCCUGUAUUGCCACCUUCUGGAAACUAUGUACUUAUACCCCAAGGUCUCUCUGUUCAACAAUGGGGCAUCACGUCUUACUGUGUAUGAACUACCCUAGUUUAACUUCACUUAUAAAGGACUUACAAGGACUCUUCAUCUCAGGAUCUCAGUAUUGAUUAUUUAUUUAUUAUUAUUAUUAUUUUGCUUUUUGUUUGUUUCUUUGUAUUUAUUGUGAAUGCCUGCAAGAAAGUGAAUCUCAGGGUUAUAUAUGGUGACAUAUGUGGACUUUGUUAAUAAAUUUACUUUGAACUUUGUCAAGUUAAUUUCCAUUGGCCAUUCUUUUGUACUCCUUCUCAGAUUACAGCUAUACCCUGUUGUAAAUUUAAACAAUCUCCUUCAAUGCCACUAUGCCAUUAAUUCUGGAGUCAUCUGCAGGAUUACUGUUCAUGCCAUCUACAUUCUCAUCCACGUCAUAAAUAUUUAUGAGAAGCAAUAAAGCACCCAGCACUGAUCCCUGCUGCACACUGCAUAUCACAGGCCUUCAAUCCAGAAAAACAGCGCACCACCACCACCCUCCGGCUUCAACUACCAAGCUAAUUUUAUCUCCAAUUUGCUAACUCACCCUGGAUCCCUUGUGAUCUAACCUUGUGGUCCAGUGAAGCCUUGUGAAAAUAUACUAGACAACAUUUGCUGUCCUGUCUCCAUCAAUCCACGUGAUCACCACUUUAAAAAUAAACUUACUUAUUUUCUUGAGGCAUGAUUUCCCACAAGCAAAGCCAUGCUGACCAUUCCUAAUCAGUCCUUGCUUUUCCAAAUGCAAAUAAAUCCUGCCACUUGGAAUCCCUUCCAAUAACUUCCUUACCAGCCCACAGUUCCCAGACUUAACCCUGCUGCUAUUUCUUACCAAAUGGCAUACAUUAGUCAUCUUCUAGUCUUCUGGUACGUCAUUCGUUACUAACUAAAAUACCAGACUGAUCAUUUAAAUGUGCCUUCCUAAGUCCCUUCAUUCUAACAGGAACAUGCUGGCGCUGAACUCUCCCUGCCUCAUUCAAAAGCGUCCCAGAUGCCCUAAUACUUGCAAACAACUGCUCCCAAACAACUUUUGUGAGUCCCUGUUUGAUGCUGUCAAAAUUAGCCCUAUCUGAUUUAGGACCUUAACUUGAGGACUAGUCCUAUGCUUUCCAUAACUAACUUGAAACUAAUAGGAUUAUGGUCACUGGUCCCUAAGUGCUCCCCUGUUGACAUGUGAACCAUUUGCCCAACUUUAUUUCCUAAAAGGAGAUUGAGUGUACUUCCUUAUCUAGUAGGAUCAUCUACAUAUUGCUGCAGCAGACUUUCUUGAAUACACUUACAUUUUGAUAUCUAAUCCCUUGGUACAGAGGGAGUCUCAGUCAAUAUUAAAAAAGUUAAAAUCACCCACUAUUUCAGCCCUUUUCUUAGACCUAACUAAUUUCUCUGUAUAUUUGCUCCUUUACUCGCUGCUAUCGGUUGAGGGGCCUAUAGUGUAAUCCUGCUCAUUGAAAGUUCUCCCCCAGGAUGUUCUGCAUACUGUCUAAUCAAUAAUGCAACUUACCCUGCUCACCUACGUCCACCUCUGUCUUGCCAGAAGCAUUGAUACCUCUCCGUCUUUCAUCCUGGUUCAUAUGUUCAGCGGCCUGACUGAAAAUAUCUAUUUAAAUGUUUAUUUUGCUUUUAUAUCAUCUCAAUGUGUACUUAAGAAUGUAUAAAUAAUUGUAGUUUUAUACAUAUAAAAAAAUGGAAAAGGUAAAAAAAAAGAAAAUAUUAGUUCAGUACUCUUAAUAAUUUCAUGUGAUCCUGUUACUCUUAUUUGACUUUGCUGUUAAACAUUGCAAAUCUUUAAUUAAAAAGGUCGAGAGUGUGGAUCACCCAUUGAAAUCCAGCACUAAUGAAACUAAAGAAUUUUGAUAUUAGUGUGUAUUAGAUCAACAGCAAUUCCCAUAUUGUAACAAAGCACAACUGAUUCAAACGAAAAUAUAUAUUUUUUAAAUUUAAUAAACUGUCUGAAUUGAAUGAUUUUAUUGUUUUCAAAAAUAAGUCAGGAUUCUUCUAAAUGAUUCAUGGAUAUUUCCGUUGGCAUAUUGCAAAUUGGUAAACAUAACUGCACAAGUGAAUUCAUAUUAUCAUUUUAAUAUGGAACAAUACACAAAAGAGCUGGAGGGACAUCUAUCGAAGGUAAUGGACAGUUGAUGUUUUCAUAAGAUGUAGGAGCAGAAUUAGGCCAUUUGGCUCGUUGAGUCUGCUGUGCCAUUUUAUCAUGGCAGAUCCAUUUCUCUCUCAGCCCCAAUCUCAUGCCUUUUUUCUGUAUCCCUUCAUGCCCUGACCAAUCAAGAAUCUAUCAACUUCUGCCUUAAAUAUACAUAAAGAAUUGGCCUUCACAGCUGCCUGUGGCAACGAAUUCCACACUCUGACCAAAGAAAUUCCUCGUCUCCAUUCUAAAAGGAUGUCCCUCAAUACUGAGGCCGUGUCCUCUGGUCUUAGAAUCUCCCACCAUAGGAAACAUCCUCUCCACAUCCAUUCUGUUAAGGUCCUUCACUAUUCGAUAGGUUUCAAUAAGGUCACCCCUCGUUCUUCUGUAUUGUGGUGAAUACAGUCCCAGAUUGAUCAAAUGCUCUUCAUUUGACAAGCCAUUGAAUCCUGGAAUCAUUUUUGUGAACCUUCUUUGAACCCUCUCCAGUUUCAGCACGUCCUUUCUAAGAUAAGGGGCCCAAACCUGUUCGCAAUACUCCCAAGUGAGGCCUCAUCUGUGCUUUAUAAAGUUUCAACAUUACAUCCUUGCUUUUAUAUUCUAGUCCUCUUGAAAUGAAUGUUAACAUCACAUUUGCCUUACUCAUCACAGGAUCAACCUGCAAAUUAACCUUUAGGGAAUCCUGCAAGUCAGUUUUUUGUAUUUUCUCUCAAUUUAGAAAAUAGUUAACUGUUUCAUUUCUUCUACCAAAGUGCAUGACCAUACACAUCCUGACACUAUUCCAUCUGCAAUUUCUUUGCCCAUUCUCCUAAUCUAAGUCUCUGUACUUUUUCAAAACUACCUGCCCCUUCACCUAUCUUCAUAUUGUCUGCAAACUUGGGAACAAAGCCAUCAAUUCCAUCAUGCAAAUCACUGACAUAUAACAUAAAAAGAACAGUCCAACACAGACCCCUGCAGAACACCACUAGUUAUUGGCAGCCCCCCCAGAAAAGGCUCUGUUUAUUCCCACUCUUUGCUUCCUGCCAAUCAACCACUGCUUUAUUCAUGCUAGAAUCUUUCCAGUGAUACCAUGGGCUCAUAGCUAAUUAAGCUGCCUCAUGUGUGGCACCUUGUUAAAAACCUUCUGAAAAUCCAAGUACACAACAUCAACUGAUGCUCCUUUGUCAAUCCUGUUUGCUACUUCAUCAAAGAAUUCCAAUACAUUUGUCAGGCAAGAUUUUCCCUUGAAACCAUUCUAACAAUGGCCUAUGUUAUCAUGUUCCUCCAAGUACCUUGAGACCUCAUCCUUAAUAAUUGACUCCAACGUCUUCCCAAUCACUGAGGUCAGACCUGUAGUUCCUUUUGUUCUGCCUCUCUCCCUUCUUGAAGAGUGGAGUGACAUUUGCAAUUUUCCAUUCUUCCGGAACCAUUCCAAAAUCUGGUGAUUCCAAAAAGAUCAUUACUAAUGACUCCACAAUUUCUUUAGCCACCUCUUUCAGAACUCUGGGGUGUACACCAUUUGGUCCAGGUGACUUAUCUACCUUCAGAUCUUUCAGUUUCAGAUUAAGACCUUUCAUCAGGACCCGAUACGUCAACUGUCCAUAGAUGAUGCCUGACCAGCUGAGUUCCUCUUACUCCUUUGUGUGUUGCUCCAGAUUUCCAGCAUCUUAUUCACUUGUAUCACCAUUUUAAUAAGGAACAUUGAGAAGCCAUACCUGUAUAAUACAAAAACCUAUGCAAAAGUGUAUUUCAAUUAUAAUUACAUUGCUGUAUUAUUUGUUUUAAAAUAUUUUCGUAUACUUGAUGCAGCAUCAUUCUAGCAACAGCCCUUCAUUGUGCUCUGAUAAUUCCGUCUAAAUGCCUAGUCAGAAAAAGUUUGGUAAUAGGAUUUAUCUGGGUAAUUUUGAAGUAAAAGUAAAAACAUUUUUAAGAAUAGUAUUUUGAAGAAAACAUAAUUGGAACAUAAUCAUAAGUAAUAUAUUUCUGAUUUUAUUCAGACUUCUUAAUGUGCCUUUGAAUUUUAAAAACAAGUAGUACAGCAAGUUAAUUAUAAUUGAAAUAUAUUUUUGCAUAUGUUUUUACUUAUGUAUUGUAAUGGACUAAAACCAUUAUUCUGUAUUUGGUAUUUGCAGGACCAAAGAACUUUAUUUUGAACUGUUAUAAAUUUGCCUAGAUUUUGCUCUACAUUUUGAAAUUUGGACUCAGUGAGGCAGCAUAUCUUAGUUCCUAAUCAGGAGCUAAAAUUCAAAGUUUACAAAUAGAUUGCAAAUUCUUGGCCUUUGACAGGAGAUGUAAAUCUCAGCAAAUUAGUACAACCCUGGAUAUGCUUGUAAGAACUUCUGUAAAUAAUCAACUUAGAGCAGUCAGUUUUGAACGAACUUACAUUUUAAGUUUACAAACCAAACACUGAUAUUGUUCAGUGUGCUCAUUUUUGCUUCAGCAAUAUUGAGGUAAGGGCUGAGGAGCUUAGGAUGGGUAAUUUAGAGCCCAUAGUUAUCAUACAGGCAUCUCCAUAAACUUUUAUUUAUAUACAAUAUAUAAGGUUGAGAUUUCUAGCAAUAUAAUCAGAUUUUGAGCCUGAAACCAAGUUUUUUUUUUAAAAACAGUCCAAUAACAGAUUUAUUUGAAUAUAAUUGAAUGUUUCUAUAUUUGUAACUAAUUGUUUUAAUGUGAGGUUUAAAGAUUGUACAGGUUAGUGUUUUCAGUAACUUCACUCUUAAAUAUCUUGUGCACAUAAGAGCAAAAACUGGAUUCUGAUUUAUAAGAACGAGUAACUGGAAUGUAUACAAAUCUUGUAUAAUUAGUUUUUGAAAUUUAUUCUUGAGCUCAUUUGAACAUUUUUGU